UCACUUCCUGUGGGGCGGAGCGGAGGUGAAAGGGGCGGAGCUGGAGGGGUGGUGCUCCGGCGGCUGCGCGUCUGUUUGUGUUGCAAACCCAGCUGAUGCUGGCUGGCCGGUGUGGACGUCGGAGACCGGGCCGGGCGGAUCGACACUGCCCCCGAGGAGAUUGCGGCCUGCAUCCCGGUAAGACCAUGACUUACAGCAUUUCAUAAAUGAAGCAUUGAGGAAUGAAGUGAGACAAUGUCAUACAGAAAAUAAAUGAUUUUUAAGUUAUGUCUAUUAAUUUGACCAUAGAUAUAUAUAUUUACCUCCUUAGUAAUGCAAGAAGUCUUUGUGGAAAGCAGAGAAGCAAGCAGCUGCAUUUUGUGUGCUCUCCUCGACAUUACUGGUGGAUAAGCCAUAGCAGUCUACAAAGAGGUUUUCAUACAAGCAGAAUAAGAUGUAAAUGGACCAAAAGUGAAGCAUAUUCCUGCAGUAAGCACUGUUAUUCUCCAAGGAACCAUGGUUUACAUAUUGGCAUUUGGAAACUUAGCACUUCUGCUCCCAAGGGACUUACAAAAGUGAGCAUUCGUAUGUCCCGUAUUAAAAGUACUUUGAAUUCUGUUUCAAAGGCUGUUUUUGGCAGUCAAAAUGAAAUGAUUUCACGUUUAGCUCAAUUUAAGCCAAGUUUUCGAAUUUUAAGAAAAGUGUCAGAUAGUGGCUGGUCGAAACAGAAAAAUAUUAAAGAAGCCAUCAAAUCUCUGAAAAAAUAUAGUGACAAAUCAGCAGAAAAGAGUGCUUUUGAAGAAGAGAAAAGUCACAUAAUAGGUACAGAAGAUAUAGGUAAACAAAGCCUUUUUCGUUACACAAGUAGGAUAACCACAAAAUUUGGAGAAUCGUUCUACUUUUUAUCAAAUCACAUUAAUUCAUACUUUAAGCGUGAGGAAAAAAUGUCUCAACAAAAAGAAAAUAAACAUUUCCAGGACAAAGAACUCGAAAGUGAAAAGGCUGAAGAAGGGAAACCUAGUUCUCCAGAUCCUGGUGUCCUUACUGAUGAGCCAGGCUCAAAGUCUGCCACGGGUGCUGUGGCCAAGUCUGCAGGCCCAGGUGGAGUGCCAGAAGUUCUUCCAAUUUCCACUAAACAGAGCAUUGCUAACUUUCUUUCUCGUCCCACGGAAGGCGUUCAGGCUUUAGUAGGUGGCUAUAUCGGUGGGCUGGUCCCCAAGUUAAAGUAUGACUCCAAGAGUCAGACAGAGCAACAGGAAGAGCCUGCUAAAACUGAGCAGGCUGUCAGCAAGGACAAAAGUGCAGAGGAGAAAAAGCAUUUAUCUCUUCAACGAGAAAAGAUUAUUGCAAGAGUGAGUAUUGAUAAUAGAACCCGGGCAUUGGUUCAGGCGUUAAGAAGAACAGCAGACCCAAAGCUCUGCAUUACUAGGGUCGAAGAACUGACUUUUCAUCUUCUAGAAUUUCCUGAAGGAAAAGGAGUAGCUGUCAAGGAAAGAAUUAUACCGUAUUUACUACGACUGAGACAAACUAAAGAUGAAACUCUUCAGGCUGCCGUCAGAGAAAUUCUGGCCUUAAUUGGUUAUGUGGAUCCAGUGAAAGGGAGAGGAAUACGAAUUCUCACAAUAGAUGGAGGGGGAACAAGGGGUGUGGUUGCUCUUCAGACACUGCGGAAAUUAGUUGAACUAACUCAGAAGCCAGUUCAUCAGCUCUUUGAUUACAUUUGUGGUGUAAGCACAGGUGCCGUAUUAGCUUUCAUGUUGGGAUUGUUUCAUAUGCCUUUGGAUGAAUGUGAAGAACUUUAUCGAAAAUUAGGAUCAGAUGUAUUUUCACAAAAUGUCAUUGUUGGCACAGUCAAAAUGAGUUGGAGCCAUGCAUUUUAUGACAGUCAAACAUGGGAAAAGAUUCUUAAGGAUAGAAUGGGCUCUGCACUAAUGAUCGAAACAGCAAGAAACCCUGCGUGUCCUAAGGUGGCUGCUGUAAGUACCGUAGUAAACAGAGGGAUAACACCAAAAGCUUUUGUGUUCAGAAACUAUGGUCAUUUUCCUGGAAUCAACUCUCAUUAUUUGGGAGGGUGUCAAUAUAAAAUGUGGCAGGCCAUUAGAGCCUCAUCUGCUGCCCCGGGCUACUUUGCAGAAUAUGCGUUGGGAAAUGAUCUUCAUCAAGAUGGAGGCUUGCUUCUGAAUAACCCUUCUGCAUUAGCAAUGCAUGAGUGUAAAUGUCUUUGGCCAGAUGUCCCGCUAGAGUGCAUCGUGUCCCUGGGCACAGGACGCUACGAGAGUGACGUGAAGAACAACGCGACCUACACGAGCUUGAAAACCAAACUCUCUAACGUCAUCAACAGCGCGACAGACACCGAAGAAGUCCACAUAAUGCUUGAUGGUCUGUUACCUCCUGACACCUACUUUAGAUUCAAUCCUGUCAUGUGUGAAAACAUACCUCUAGAUGAGAGUCGAAAUGAAAAGCUGGAUCAGCUGCAGUUGGAAGGAUUGAAGUAUAUAGAAAGAAAUGAACAAAAAAUGAAAAAACUUGCAAAAAUAUUAAGUCAAGAAAAAACAACUCUGCAGAAAAUUAAUGAUUGGAUAAAAUUAAAAACUGACAUGUAUGAAGGUCUUCCAUUCUUUUCAAAAUUGUGACAAUUGUGUACAUAUGUUCUCAUAAGGGAAGGCCUGCUCAGAAGAUCCCGGAAAUUCAGUAAGGAGUUCUGGAGUUCAAUAUGAGUUGACUUUGAAACACAGAUUCUAGGGUGUCCUGAAAAAGGCGGUGCUUUGACUAGCUUCCACAGUACAGAAGAUACACGUAGUGACAAAAUUCAUACGAGAAUUACGUUUUUAAGAUGUUAGUAUAAACUAAAAUUUAAGAAUUUUAUUAUUGUGCUAUUUGGUCUUGGUAGCUAUGUUGUUAAAUUGAUAUUUUAAAGUUUAUUAAUAUAUGUGCCAAACGGGAAAUGGAAAAUAUACUUUGUAUCUUCCCUUUAGUCAUUGCAAUCAUGUUCAGUCCAUGUGUGUUGAUUUUCUUUCAUGUGAAAAAGCUAAUUUCUUACCUUUACAUUUCUUGUGUUCUCUCAAGCUGCGUUCUGCAGUUCCCAUGCUACCUUUUCCUGCAACAUCACCUAUACAGAUCGGGGAAAAUGGAACCUUCUCUAUUAAAGUACUUCUACACUUGAAAUACGAAAGAACCAGAUAGAAUUUUCUAUUCAAAAUUUGCUUAUUUCAGCAUUGAUUUAAGAAGAUAAAUGGUUACAAUUAAUUACCUUUUUCCUCUGACAUGUCAGGAGAAUGCUUUGUUAACUUUUCUAGAUCUAGUUCUGUCUUCUCAUUCACAGUUACAAAAUUAUUUUAUUUUACUGAGAAUAUUCCUGUCAUUAACAGAAAUAAAUUACUGAAAUAGUCUGUGAAAA